UCGAAGAAACGUGAAAGAGUGUCGCGGUCCGUUGUCGUGUGUUCUGUGUGGGAAGUGCUGUUUUUUUUCUUCCUCUAAGAAGGUACUGUUCUGUGGCAAAUGUAACCCAUUUAGCACGGUUUUCGUUCCGUCGGUAGUCCGAUGACGUAAGAGCAUCGAUUCCAGUACUGAACCGGUGGAAAUUGACUCCCGAUGCUAUGAGAAAGUGAAAAUUCUUUCCAAAAUCCAAAAAAAUGCUUUUUUUUUCAUUACCCCCAACGUCGCUACUCUUCUUCCCCUGUAUGUGAUUGAUUGAGAAACGAAUGGUUUGGUUAUAGGGGAGAUUGCCUUCAGAUCGUUUGGGAAGUUUGGGAGCUGCCCUUCGUUUUGCAAAUUGCGUGAAUGGAAGGAAGUAGGCGAGGAAAAAAUCCGAUAAAAUUGGGCGUGUGUGUUGGUGUUUUCGUUCCGGGUUUACAAAACUGUUUGAAAAAUUUCAUUGUUUUGUAAUCAAUCAUACAGACGAUUGCAGUAAUAUGUAACAACAAAAGGGAAAAUGGUGCAGUGAUAGGUAUUCAUGUUUUUUUUCUUCUAUGAUCUAAAAUUCACAGGAAAUAAGGGUGUGAAAAUUACCUUCUCGAGAUCACUGCGGAAAAUCGAAGAAAAGCGCAGAGGAAAAAUGAGUCCCAUUGAAGUGUAAGCGCCAGUCGCGAAGAACCGAGACAAGAAGUGAAAAAAAUUAACGGGAGAGAAAGAAACCGAAGAAGGUUAAGGAGGAAGUAAAGUGCAAAAAGGGCUAAAUUGUUUUUUGUUCGUGAAAGGGCUUCGUCGAAAUCCAAUCCGGUUUUGUUCGCGCUCUCGAGUUGGGCCAGUUGAAGACUAGCAUCGCAGCAGAUGAAGAGCACACGGCACAAGCGAUAUGCUGUUGCAAAAGGAAAGGUGCAUCAUCAUAAAUAAUGCGAUUCUGGUGCCCAUAACGCAGUGAAGAAGCAUCCACCAUUAGUAGGUAGUGUUCCUCAUGAAGCAACAUCGCAAAACGAUGAUGGGCAUGGGGGCCAAAAAAUUACUACUAUAGGCAGAAACGUGCACUUCAGUUGGCUUCUACCGGGUCUUAUGAGAAGGAAUAUUAAUGAUAGAAGACAGUUUUGUUGCUGGUAAAUUUCACAUUUGGAUUAAAUGAUCUGCUGAGUAAAGUUCCAGCCUCGGGGAUACUCGGAUCCAAAGUCUCGUCACAGAUUUGCGCCGUCGUUCGGGAACUACUUUUCCGAGGCAAGAGAGUCAGCAAUCAGCAGUCGUCGGACUACUCAUUGGCAACGAAGCGGGACACUGGGACUGGGACGAGCACAUGGCCCUCGGUUAGACGACUUGAAGUCUCCAUUCCAAACGUACUUGCGAAUCUCUCCAGGAUGUAAAUGUACCCAACUGUGUAGUCGGGGAGCGUAUAACAGCUGCGCCAUUGAACGCUUCAACUUUCUUGAAAGAAGAACAUUGGGGCGAGUUGUUUCGAGACGCGCGUUCUUUUUCAAUCGAAAAAAAAUGUGGAGUUAGAAGGGUUUCAAGGUUGAAAAACAAAAAAAAAAGGUUUCAAUAUAAUCCAUGAAAACAGCGAAGGUAACUUGCGAGAAGCCCUGUUGAAAAUAUGAUCAACAAAGUCGUUUCAAAUCAUGAACGAUGGAACCAAUAAAUACUGGAGAAUCAAUAAGUAAACUAAUCUAGACGGAAUCGCUCGUUGUCGGUCUGUUUUUGUCGGGAAUGAUAGGGCAAGAAAAAUGUCUUCUUCAGUAAAUGGAAAAAUGACGAACGGUAAAAUGAGUACCGACGAUAUAUACGAAAAUUUGCCAUGUCGCGAACGAAUGCGAAACGGAGACGAAGCAUUGGCGAAUGGGGCGGCGUCAACUUCUUCGCUCAGUGGCAGAAGUGGUGUCCCAGACGAUGAAACCGCCUCCGGGGGAACGCAACCUCCCGAGAAUAACAACAAAUUACAAAACAAUUUGGCACUCAACAGCAAAGACAGCCUUUACGCAACACCGUUGAAAAAAUCCGAAAGACCCAACAACAAAGCGCAGGGAGCAACGCCCAAGGGAAGGCCAUCGACUGUUUCGGCAGCUAGCCCUGCCCCCGCAACAGCAAACGUAGAUGACAAUCUCAACAAUAGCGACGUUAAGAUAAUCAAUGCUGAACUGGAGGAUCGCCGAAUACGGGAUUUCCUCAAAGACACAAGUCAAAUGCACAAAAAGAUCGAACUGCACAAAGAAUAUCAGGGCUCGAAUUUUUCCUAUCUGGCGCGGAAAGAGCACUUUGUCAAUUUAGUUCAGCAAAACGUACUAAACGAUUCACUAAAUGGAUCGCAUCAACCGGAAAACAUCGAUCAUCAGUCACUAAUUGGUUACAAGACUUUGGCCAACGAAGAUGAGGAUAAAAACUUGGACUUUGGUAUCAACGAAUCACUAGACGAACUAGAGGCUAAAUGUAAUGAAAAACUCGAAAUGCUUACAAAUUUGCACCGAAACAGAUCCACCGAACGCAGCCAAGAAGACAACGAGCAGUUGGACCCGGACCAAGUAUUGUGUAUGGGACCUGUGAUCAACCAGCGUCCACCAAUCCCGAAUCAAUUAAUCAACGGUAAACACGUUGUAACUGGGGAUUUGAAUGCCAAAACUCAAGCACUUGCAGCAAAUCCAGAAAUGAAUGCAUUUGUUAAUCGUGAGUGGGUUCUAAAAAAGAUUGCCAUGUGUUUAGAGCAAAGGGUCUCGAAAAAACCGGUUCCUGCUCCACCACCUGGCGCAGCAUCAGAGGGAGUUGCUGUUGGAGAAUGUGUGCCAUCAUCGUCUUCAGGAUUUUUCCCUAGAGCGACAUCCACGCACCAAGCGUCGGCCCGUGGUCAACCUGAUUUGCCAUCGCUCGGUUAUCUAGUCCUAGGAUCCAAUGGUUCGGGUAAAACGUCAAUAUGUAACGAUAUCAUAGAGGGAACGUCUGGAACGAAAGGAAUGCUCAAUCGACGAUUGUUGGCAUGUUACUUUGUGAAUUCCCAAAAUCCCGAGUGCCAUAGUUUGAGCAUGUUUAUCAGAAGUAUAAUUCUACAAAUUCUAAGCCAUUCAAGUUUCGUGAACAAUGUGAAUGCUCGUGCGAACAACACAACUUCUGAACCGGCUCUCAAGAGUUCUGAAGGAACUUCAACUUCAGAUGGUCAACAGAAAGAUAUAACAAACAGUAAUGAUGCUCUACCUGAGGCGGAUCAGCAGCAAAAGGCAACAGUAAAAGAAAUCAACAAAACUUCAUCCGGAGACAAAGAAACCGUCGUCUUUGAUCAGGAACUAGAAGAUGUGAUACUUUCGGAAAUUAAGCUGAAUGAACGAGUAGCCGAAUUUUGUUCAAAGAAAAAAGUAAGUCGGCAACAGUCAGAGCCAGUAGAAAGUUUAAGUCGGGACAAGGAGGCCGCCAACUAUCCGUAUACUACGCACCCUCCCUUAGCGAAAUCUUCGGGUACAGAUAAAAGAGAUGCCACCUUGAGUCCUGGUAAAUCAAAAACUUCUAAAAUACCGGUUGCAAUAGGUAGUAAGAAUAGAUCUCCAACAAAGUCACCUGAUAAAGUUUCCCGACAGGAUACAGAAGAUGAGGAGCUACUUGAUGGAGCAGGCGAAGGUAUCGCAGAUAUUUCAGACAUCAAGAUAGAUGAUGAACUUGGUCAUGAUAUCAACGAAGAUGUAACCAUGGAAAUAGCAGAUCCUACUUGUACUUCUACCGGGGAUCAAAACGUUCGGGAAGAAAUGAAACCAGAAUCUCCAAAAGCACCAUCAGCUCCCGAAAUGUCAACAUUGGAGGCCAACAUUCCACCGCCAUUGCCAAAAUCGAAAAAUUGUCGGCAAAUAAUUGCCGAUGGAUACUACGAAAUGCUGCUCAGCAAUCCCGACAUCUUCGAAUCGAUCACGGUAGAUAGCAUCGAAAAGAACCCAGAUGACUGUUUCAAAAAAGCAAUACUGUUUCCACUGUUGGAACUCAAUCCGCCCAAGAAUGCCUUGCUGCUCCUGAUUGAUUCGAUUGAUGAAAACUAUAUCCAAGAUGGUAAUCUUAUUUCAACUCUCAAAGGCAAACAGAUCACAAAAAGUCGCAACAUCGCCGAACUAUUGUCGAAUCAUAUCCACCUGAUGCCGAAGUGGUUGUUCAUGGUCUGUACGGCCAAAAAGCAGAACAAAAACAUAACGAAAAUGUUUACGGGAUUCAAAAAACUAACGCUAGAUGAUCUGCGCAAGAGUCACGUCGUCAAGGACGUUCAGCAAUACAUUAUCAAUAGACUGAAUACGGAUUUCCGUGGCAUCAACUUGACCAAAGAUAUUAUCGAAAGUCUGAAUCAAUUGUAUAUCAAAUCCAAUGGUUGCUUACUGUAUCUAUACAAGGUUUUGAACGGUAUUAAGGAUAACUUUUUCACAUUUCGGGAGAUAAAACUCAUACCUUGCACUCUCAAUGGCUUGUAUUUGUACAUUUGUCAAAAGUCCUUCAACAAGAAACAGUACAACAAAAUUCGACCUAUCCUUAAUGUGCUGUUAGUAUGCAACAACUUCGUCGAUAAGUAUUUCCUGUUCAACUGUUUGCGCACUCACAACUACACAAUGGAAAUGGAUGAGUUCGAAAAGCGACUGGACUUGAUGCGCAACAUUGUCGAGUACAGCCCACGUAACUCGGAAGCAUUAAAAAUAUUCCAUAACUCUUUUUGCGAUUGGUUGAUUGACGUCAAAUUCUCAACCAAAAAAUUUCUCUGUGAUCUCAACGAAGGCCAUGUCAUGGUAUCGAUGUACUACACCAUGGCUGCCGACCAGAUGUGUCCCAAUAAGCUACGGCUUUAUCUUUACCAUCUGAUCAAAACCGGCGAAUACCUUACUAACAAAAACAUCAAUCUUGAUCUACUUCUCAUACUGCUGGAAACUAAAUCAAAUUUAAGCGACUGUUUUUACACAAAUCUUCUCAACUGUUGUGCACUCUGUGAAGACGAAUGCAAAAACGACGUCAACCUGGCAUGCAAAACGCGUCUUUUGCUCGAACGGUAUCUAAAUGCAGAGCUGGACGACGAUUUUGUAGGCUUCCUGAACGAUUUCUUCAAACCGAACCUUCCGACGGAUUGCAAAGUAUUGAAGCUACUAAUUGAGACUGGUAUAAAUAAUGCCGAUACGGUGUUGUCAUGUGAAUCAUCUGCCAUCAAUUCUCCUGUUUUAUCGGAUCGUUCUCAAAACAUUGACUCUGAGCUGGCGGAGUUGCUCAUUUCGAGUGAGAGAAGCUGCCAACAGGAGCUGCAGAAAUCGAUAAAUUUAAAGGAUCUGCAAUGCUCGGGUGCGGUUUCAAGUAGUGGGGCGACUGGUUUGAAAACAUCGGUCAGCACCGGUACCUGUAUGGAUAGGUAUGGCGAUGGUGGCGAAGGCGAUGGAAGUGGAAUUGUUGGGGAUGACAGAGGUAGUGCCAUCGGCGAUUCGAAGUCGGAUAUUCACAACGAUCGCAUUCAGUACGAUAUGUUUGACGCUGAACUACACAAGGGGAAAGCGUUAAUCCACAUACUGGCAAACGAAGGCAAUCAUACACUGUUGGAAAGGGCACUGAACGCUUGCAAGGAUCCUAUCGACAUGGAGAUCGAAGAUUUGAAUGGUCAAACAGCGUUGAAUAUCGCUGCGCGUAACGGACACAUUGAAAUCGUAAAACUUCUGCUAAGUUAUCGACAGCCAUUAAAUGAUGGCACCGGUCGGUUUCGAAAGAUCGACGUUAAUCACGCUGAUCGGGACGGUUGGACACCUUUGAGGUCAGCAUCAUGGGGUGGUCAUACGGAUGUGGUGAAGCUGUUGAUAGAGAGUGGAGCAUGCUCAAUUGAUAGGGCUGACAAGGAAGGUAGAACUGCCUUGAGGGCUGCUGCUUGGAGUGGUAAUGAGGAUAUUGUAAAAAUUUUGAUCGAGGCAGGAGCAAAUGUGAACUCAAUCGACAAACAGGGGCGAACUUCUUUGAUUGCGGCUUCUUAUAUGGGUCAUUAUGAUAUCGUGGAAAUAUUAUUGGAAAGUGGAGCAGACGUAAAUCAUACGGAUUUAGACGGUCGAAAUGCGUUGUGCGUUGCGGCGCUUUGUGGAAGUUCUGGGUACAGUAAGGUGAUUUCUACGCUUUUGGAAUACGGCGCAAAUACGGAUCAGACCGAUAAUGAAGGAAUGUCUCCCCUGUUGGUUAGUUCGUUCGAAGGGAACUCAGAGAUUUGUGAGUUACUGCUGGAGAACGGUGCUGAUCCGGAUAUGGCCGAUCAUAUGGGCCGAACUCCAUUGUGGGCAGCUUGUACCUCUGGGCAUGCCAAUGUUGUCAAGUUGCUACUUUUUUGGGGAUGCGGUAUUGAUUGUAUGGACUCUGAAGGUCGAACAGUGUUGAGUGUAGCUGCAGCUCAAGGAAAUCUGGAAACUGUUCGACAGUUAUUGGAUCGUGGUUUAGAUGAAACGCAUCGGGAUAACGCGGGUUGGACACCACUGCAUUAUGCCGCGUUUGAAGGAUAUGCUGAUAUCUGCAUUCAGUUAUUGGAAUCUGGCGCCAAGAUUGAUGAAUGUGACAACGAAGGAAAAGCGGCCUUGCAUUUAGCAGCGCAAGAAGGCCACAAUUCGGUGAUUGAAGCUAUAUUGAAUGUUCACCGACCAUGUAUCGAUCAACGAGCCCACGAUGGCAAGACUGCAUUUAGAUUGGCCUGCCUGGAAGGACACUUCGAGUGUGUUCAGUCGCUUCUCAAAUUUGGUUGUGAUGUCAAUACAAAGGACGCUGAUUCGCGUACAACUUUAUACAUUUUAGCGCUCGAGAACAAACUGAAAGUGGUUAAAUUUUUAUUAGAGUACUCAAGUGUGGAUGUAAACAUUCCAGACAGCGAAGGGAGAACUGCAUUGCACGUAGCUUCCUGGCAGGGACAUGCAGAGAUGGUGAAAAUUUUGAUAACUUUGGGUAAUGCUGAUGUUAAUGCAAUGGAUCUGGAAUCUCGAACACCAUUACACUCGUGUGCUUGGCAAGGAAAUCACGAGGUGAUGCAGCUUUUGUUGUACUAUGGCGCUAUCCCAGAUCAUGCGUGUAAACAGGGAGCCACAGCACUGGGAAUAUCCGCUCAGGAAGGUCACGAAAAUUGCGUUACCUAUUUGCUCAAAUAUGGCGCGAAUCCUUACAAGUCGGAUCACUGUGGACGAACACCGAUAAAAUUGGCUGCCAAAUCCAACAGGAAUAACGUUCUCAGGAUACUAGAAAGCUAUACAAAAAAUGAUUUAGAUGGUGGAAAAAUGAUACAGCAAAACUUGAACCUGAAAUCGCCGGACGAGCCACCUCCUUCUUCCUCCAUCCAUAAUCCCAGUCCUUCGGGACCAUUUCCAAAUCCUAAUCUGCUAAAUCUGCCGAAUAUUCCAUCGUCCUCGCUGAAUGCUACCGGUUCAUCGUCACAGAAUAGUCAAAACUUCUACGAAAAUACUAUGCAAUCGGAUAACAGCAGCUUGCAUAAACGAAAGAGUGUCAUUUCCAGUCAGUCUACCGGUAGCAGCAAUGAGCAAACGCCAAUGUCGUUCACCCAGCAGCUGCAAAAACAUUCGCGACAUCAUAACUCCAAAUCACACCACAUUGUUCAGCAGCAGCAUCAACCGCAUCAACAAGGGCCGGGUGCUUCGGGUGGCAUCGGAACCAAUAAAUAUGGAGGCAAAAAGCACACUCAGAUUCUACCUAAUGUGGAUGAGUAUCACGCUAAUUUAGCGUCCAACAUCCGGAUGAAUCCGAACGAUGCUGAUCUGUUUGAUUUAGGUUGCAUGUCUCCACUGUACGCCACACCGCCACAUUCUCCGAGCAGUGAUAUUAGUUCACCGGGUCAGAACCAGCCGCCCUCCUCGCUGGCCCUUCUGGGCAAACAGUUCGAAGAAAUGAACAUCAGUCUAUCGAACAACAGUACUAUCAUGAAUCCAGCUGAUAAUCACUUUGCUCGGGACACUCACAUGCGCAUCAUAUUGGGAAACAAUCAGAAAGAGCAACAACAGGGAGGUAAAUCGUCGAAACGUAGUGGAAUUGCCACCAACCCGGCAAUGCGAUUGAUUCGCAACCGUAUCGAUUCGGCCGCCCAGCUUAUCCGACGAACUAAUAAUAUGCUUAGUAAUAGCAGCGGAAAUAACCAGGGAUCGUCCAGUAUUGGAGUCAAAUCGGGAACUUUCCAAUGGCGAAAGGAGAGUCAGAUGUAACGUAACGAGAGACUAUCAAAUUCUACUGUCUUUCAGUAGUGUCGUUGUUCCAUAUCGACCUCUUUUCCUGUUGGAUGGAUGUUACGUCCUGAAAGGAAAAACGUAAAAUCUUCGCCAUAGAUCAGACAAAUAGAAAAGACACAAACGAUGUUCGAAGGUUUUGGAGUAUAUUUUUUUUUUCUAUGAAAUUAAGUUGAAAACUUUUCAAGCUACCUAGAUUCGAUAAAAUGAAAGUGUCGUUGUCAAUUUGUCUGUGGCCAUAUUAAGAAACAUUACGCAAUCGAAACUUGUAUAAGUUCAUUGCGACAAAUUUUUCCUUGAGAAAAAAAAAACAAUAUUAGUUUAUGGUGUUUGAAGCAAUUGAAUGAACAUGUGAUAUUUUUUUUGUAAAAUUUUUCCAACCAAAAGUUGAACACUAGUUCAGAAAAGCUUUCUAAAUUGCAACUUGGAAUCUUUCAGUUCCACCUUUAGACCGUUUCUUUGUGUACAAUUCUAGUCACAAAAAUUUGUAUUCAAAUAUAUUACUCAAUCCGAACUUGAUUACUACUUAAUAACUUACUAAACAACAAACGUAGCUAUGAUGAGGUCACUUGGGAAAAUCGAGGAAAUUGAAACAACUUUCUUAAAAUAUGAGAAAAUUUAUAAACGAUAAAGCAGCUACGUAAGAAAAAACAACCAACAUAAAUGAAAGCUAUUAUAAAAUCCCAAAUACUGUAGUCACCACCAAGGCGAAUUCAGCAAAUCACUUAUUACUGGGAGCGUGCUCGCAUAGCAAGAAAAGAAUUUAAGCAACAGAAAAAACAAAAUGAUGAAGAAAAACCCUAAAUUAACAGGAUAUAACUUUGGAAGGUAAAAAUCUAACGCAACAUAAACAAAACGUACUCUUAAACUAAACAUGUAACCUAAAGAUAGCAUAUAAAUACCGAAGAAAGCAUUAUGAAAUUGAUGAACAAAACAACUGAUUCAAUUGAUAGACAAAAGAUACAUAGACUCGAAGACGAAUGAGGAUUUUAGUUUGAUAAACCAUUUAAAUAUUGUAGGCUCAUUUUGCGAAUCUAUAUCUUACACUAUCAAAUCGGUGGACAACAUUAGUUUUAUAUGGAAAUCUAGUCUCAUUUGUUUGUAAGAUUUACAUUUUAUAUGAUCUUGUGUUUUUAGUUGGUUUUAUACUAAAACAGCAAAUUGUACAGAACUUGUGCUAGCUCUGCGAAGAGUAUUCUGUUCACAUGAACAGUUGACCUGAUUCAAUCGAAAUGCAUUUCUUACUCAACUUCUUUCCGAAGCGUGCGUUCUUAUUUUUCAAGUAUCAAUAAUUGAUAAUGUGAAACGAAAAACAAACAACAUAAAACUCCUGAAAGUGUGUAUUUAUUUUUGCUAUUGUUUACUAUAUUCGAAUUUUUAUUACUUAUGUACAAAUUUUUUGUGAUUCCUUAAAAACGAACAAAGAGAAUAAACACUCAUCAUAAUACAGUCGCAUUGGCGAUGAACUUGAAUCAACUGAGCAAAUUUACUCCUCGACAAGUUGGAAAAAGUACAUAUAUAGGUAUAUAUAUAAAAAGCUAGAACCCUCUAGAGAGUAUAAAUUCAAA